AUGUUUUGUAUGCCGGGUCGUGUCGCGGAUGGUGGUGUGGUCGAUGGUUCUAUUGACCUCGCCUCAUCCUCCCAUGAGAUUGACCUCUUGCCUCAUCCUCCCAUGAGAUUGACCUCUUGCCUCAUCCUCCCAUCGAGAUUUUCUCUCCUAACCCUGUCACUCGACCUGCUUCUAUUGCUGCCCACUUGUGCUGUCAUUUGUCUGUUUGAGAUAGCUUCUUUUCCCCUCUUGUCCUACUCUACUCCUCCCUUCCUGCCUUUCCCACCCCCAUCAGUGGACUACCCUCAGAUCGGCACUGAUGCCUAUGAUCGGUACCGAUGCCUAUGUGCAAUAUCCAAGUCGCAACUCCAAGCACCAGAGAAUGCCACGAUUCUCCGCUUCGUCGUCCCUUACUCAGAGGCCCUCAGCAAUCCAGCCUACACCAUCUACCCUCAGAAGGUCGCAGCCGACGGGGACUACGACUACAGCCACGGCGGCACCAUGUAUUUCGGCUGGACGCCAAUCAACUACAACCCCGGCGCUCCCAACGAAACCGUGCUGGUUGCUAAUUAUACCAUGAUUGGCGCCUUUGCUCUAACGGGUACAAGUGCUCUGGGCACACCGGAAGCAGACAGCUUGGUGGAGCCACACUGUGCCGCUGUGAACACUCCCCCGUACUAUAAUCCUUUGCCCGUAACCCAGAAACCCGGGCCUGUUCCCACUGCUUGGAGGAUGAACAGCACAAUCGCACCCAUCGGCCCUUCGUUUGUAGAUAUGCGAGGCGUGGUGGUAUCCCCUGGGAAGAGGCAGAUGUGGGUGAGCUUUAUGUCGGCCUUUGGCAAGGACAUGAGUGCUUCUGCCGUGGUCGCGAGGCUUCGCUUGUCUUUGAGGCUCAAGCGCAAGUGGAGGCCGUUUCAAGUGUUUCUGGAGCGGUUCAAAGUGGUGGGGGUGGGCGGAGGGAACAGCCUCAUUCAGCCCACCAUCGCUCUCAACAGGCACGGCAAGGGCAUCAUAGCAGUGUCACUAGCAGGGCGUUCCUUCUACCCCUCAGCUGCCUAUGCCACUCUCAACGCCAAUGUGGAUGUCGGCCGCGUGGUCGUUACCGGCCCAGGGAAAGUGCCGCUCGACGACUUCACUGGUUACCGCGGUGCAACGGAGAUGCGGUACGGGGACUACAUGACGGCAACAAUCGACGAGGAGGGCAACGCGUGGGCGGCAGUGCAGUAUGUGGCGGGGCAGCCGCGCACCGAGUGGAGCAACUGGGCUACCUUCGUCUUCAAAGUCCACCUGCAGGGGCGGGAGGGAGAGGGGAAUGGGGAUGGGGGAAACGGGGGCGGGGGAAAUGGGGACGGGGGGAAUGGGGACAGCGGGGGGAAUGGGGAUAAUGAGGGGAGUGGUGAUAACGGAGGGAAUGGGGACAACGGGGGAAAUGGGGAUCAUGAGGGGAAGUAG